AAUCGCCCCGAACCACUCGAAAAUGAGCUUCCACUAGCGUUGUGUAAGUGUCUAAAUCCAAGCAGCGGCCAGUGCAAGCUGUGCAUCGUGCCGUAGGAGGAGGAGAAGGAUAGAAGUCUCGCGAGUUUCUAGUUCGAGCUAAGCUUCUUUCGGGGCGUAGCUAGUUUGACUCAUGGGGUUUGGAGGUGUAUCCUUGUCAGGUAUGGUCUGCGGAUUUACUACGCGAGACGUCCAUUCGUAUGCUGGGCAAGCCGGUCAACGGCCUUGUUGAAGGAAUGAUAUCGGCGAUCUUACCAACUGCGACGUCUUAAAUGUACAAAUAACCAGUUUCACUCCAGGCCUUUUAGUUUCUCUACGAAAUUAGCAUAGCUCACAAGAGAAAGAUGGGCUGGCCAGGAAGAGCACAUCGAUCGUCCCAAGAGGAGCUUCUAAGCAGAGUUUCACGAGGAAGUAACGGGGAAGCCAACAUGCUGGGGAACUCCGACUUCGAGCUUUCCGUUCCAGAGAACCUGAACACCAUGUCAGCGUCGUUGGCUUCACGGCUCGCUAAGGUGGUUAAAGAAGCUGCUCUGGAAGCCAAGCUGCACGAAGAGCGACAUAGGCCACGGCCUAGCCGGAAAACUCACUGGCUGGAGUUAUUCCGGGACUAUGUCUAUCCUGGUCAACUGAUAUUGCCAGGCAAUAGGUUCUAUUGGUACUGGAGACUUGUCGUCAUCAUUACGGCAUUAUACUCCUCCCUUAUCACACCGUUUGAGUUCGCUUUCUUCCGAUUAAUAUUUCCUCCUCUGGGUCUACUGAUCACUGACAUUAUUUCAAAUGUCAUAUUCUUGGCGGACAUUUUCAUCACGUUUAGAGUAGCCGUUAAGGACCAGCGGACAGGGACUCUGAUAGCUGACAGAAGGAGAAUUGCAAUAAGGUACCUGCAGACCUGGUUCAUUCUUGACCUCCUCUCAUGCGUUCCAUGGGAAUACAUUUACCACGCCACUGGACACCUCAUAUUUGAAAUCCUUUUGUGGCUUCGACUGAUCCGUGCUCGGCACCUGAAGGAAUUCGCAGACAGGCUGGGGAAGGACACCCGGUACCACUAUUUCCUCGUUCGCUGCACAGAAAUGUUUCUCACGGAGUUUUACGUGGUCCACAGUGCUGCAUGCAUCAUGUACUUCCUCGCUCUCACCAUGCCUGAAGACCAAUCCGGCUACACGUGGAUUGGAAGCCUUCAGCUUGGAGACCAGAGCUACGCUGACUUUCGAGAGAUGAACAUUUUCCAGCUUUACUGUGUGAGCCUUUACUGGGCUAUGGUGACAAUGGCAAGCCUUGGUUAUGGCGAUGUUCAUCCUGUCAAUCCCCGAGAGAUGAUUUUCACCAUUGCCUUUGUGGUCUGGGACAUGUUGUUCACGGCAUACCUUAUCGCCAACUUCACAGCGCUGGUUGUGAGAUACCAGUCAAGAUCGGAGAUUCUGCGUGAGCGGCUCUCAAAUGUUACCAGAUAUGCCAACAGGAAGCAGAUUCCUGUGGGUAUGAAGGAGCAGCUGCUGUCGCACGUGGUGCUGAAGCAGGAGGCGUUGGAGGAGGACAACAAGUUGGUCAACGAGUUCCCGAUCUCCAUCCGAGACGGGGUCGCAAUGUCCCUCCAUGGGAAGGUGAUCGCGGAUGCCUAUCUCUUCCAAGGCUGCUCCAAGGCGUUCAUCCAGUUCCUGGUGUCACGACUGAGAGUGGAGUACUUUCUUCCCGGGGAGGUAGUGGUCAGUCGGCAUGACAACAACCAUCAGCUCUAUCUGCUCGUGCAAGGAGAAGUGGAAGAAGUCCAUUUCAGCAGGAGUGGAGCUCGGGUGGCCAUGGUGUGGAGUCCAGGGGAGAUGUUUGGGGAGGCGGGGUUGCUCGCCAGCAAGUUUUCCCCCUUCACUGCCCACGUCAAGUCGUUCUGCAAGGUGCUGAGGAUCGAUGGGCAGGUCUUCUCAGAGGCCAUUGCGUUUCACCAGGAGGACGGGGAGAGGAUCAUCAGCAACUACUUGCAGAAAUUUGGCCACGCUGGGCCAUUGGAGUUCAACGAGGGCAGCGCUGGCCGACUGACAGACACAGCAGAGGAUGUGCGCCGAGCCGUGACACAGCGGCAGGCGCAGCAGACGCUGGGUGCCAUACAGCUGGCAGCACGGGGGGAUUUGGAGCAGCUCAAGGUGUCUCGGAAGCUUGGGGCGGACUUCUUGAAAGGGGACUUUGACGGCCGGACUGCACUGCACCUAGCAGCUUCUAGGGGCUUUCCUGAAGUAUGCAGUUUUAUUCUAAGAGAGGGAGCAGAUGUCAACAGGAAAGAUCGGUUUGGAGUGACGCCACUGCUGGAAGCCCUGCGAGCAGGCCACAUGCAGACAGCAGAAGUACUGCGCGAGCAUGGCGCCCAGGUCCUUCUAGACGACCCAGCGAGCGAGCUGUGCCAUGCGGUGAAGCGCGGCAUGGUGGAGUACCUCGAGCGCCUCCUCUCCUUCGGGCUCGAACCCAACGAGGCAGACCACGACCUGCGCACGCCCCUGCACGUGGCAGCAGCGGAGGGCUCCGUGGUGCUCGUGCGGCUGCUGCUGGAGCACGGGGCGAACCCGUGGGCACGGGACCGGUUGGAUAACCUGCCAGUGGAUGAGGCCUGUAGGAACGGAGCCAGGCCGGUGAUUGCGCUGCUCAAGGAUGGCAUGAGGGUCAAGCUGCCGCCGCUGGCAAGUCGGCCACCAGCUGGACGGACCUCUCUCACCCGAGGAGGCUCGCAACGCCGUCGCCACACUCACCACCCGCCCUCAUCCUCCACCAACACAACCGGCACCACCGGCACCACCGGCAGCACCAGCAACACCACCACAACUCCCCACCACACCCAGCCCAGCAGGCAGCGCUCCCACAGCAUUGACACCUGGUCAGACCAGAUCGAAUCCGUCCCUGAGGGCAGCAGCUCUGGCACCGCCUCCCCCUCCACCUGCCUGCCCUCUGACCCCUUCCUCCAGCAGCGCGUGAUGCACCUGCGCCGCCGCCCCACCAGCUCAGUGCACAUCCCCAGCGACCUCCUGGACAACCUGCCUGGCUCUGUCCUCGACGAGUACCUGUCCGAGCAACAGACGGCCUCACAACAGCCGCUCUUCACCCCUCCUGCGUCUCCGCUACCGCACUCCCUCCCGCCCAAGCUCCAUGCUACCACUCCCCUGAGCCCACCUUCCUCGUAUGAUGGCUCGGCAUCCCAGCCCCGCUCAUCCUCAGGGACCUUCCCACUCUCUGGGCCGUAUCCCCCACCCAUCCCACAUCCACACACCACACACGCUGCACACACCGUAUCCCCUCCGCCAUACCCCUCUUCUUCUGCUGCCCUCCCCCCUGCUCCAGCUGCCUCUGGCGUAACCUCUGCUCCCCAUGCACAACGGCGGCUGGCAAACCUCACGAUCAACACUGAGAGCAGGAGCAUUGGUCGCUCUUCUACAGCCCUGCUCUCGGCUCUGGACGAGGUCCGCACUCAGCUCCUACAAACCCCACAUAUACCUUCCCAUCCAGAGCCACCUACUCCCUAUGCAACCAGCCAGCCCCUGUCAGGACCACUCAUAGGAGAGCCUAUCACUCCCUACCCUCACCGCAAUUACAUGCCUGCAGGAUCUUUCACGGGUUCUUUCAGAGCCAUGCCUCCUCCACCCACCCCAUCUGUGGCCAACCGUCGGAUAACCGUCUUCCCCUGCCACCCUUGGGACACUGAUGAACCUGGCAAACCACCUGAAUGUUCUCCUGGAAGGGAUGUUCUUAGCGAGCAAGCUCAACCACGUGAAAGUCCGCCUGAGGAAUCACCUGCAGACCGGGCAGUGCGUUUAGCAGGGCCUGCUGCAUCGACUAGACCCGGAGGGGAAGGAGGUGUUGAGAGAAGGGCUGGAGAAGAGAGCUCAUCUAUGGGGAGACGGUAUGGAAAGGUGGUGCUGGUACCUCACUUCAUGGUCACGCUCAAAGAUCAGCUGAGCACUCUGCUUGGUUUUCCUGUGAAAGUUCUGUUGAACAAGGAUGGUGGAGAGAUCACUGAUACUGACAUGAUCCGAGAUGGAGAUAUCAUCUUUGCUCCUUCGUCUGACACUGCACCACCUGAUCCUGUCAUGUGCCUAUCAUGUCACUGUAAAAGAUCACAAGAACCAAGUGAUUCCAAAUGACACGGGCGUUUCCGUAUUCAUAGUGCUAUGUAUCAAAGUUAACGAAUGAGUUGAACCACGGCAUACAAGGGAAUAUAUCCUAGUGGGUUAUACUCUCUAAGGCACAACCCUGUGUAGUCUAUAACAACAUACAAAGAUAUGUUUUGACACACCCCCUAAACUU